CUCGCACGGAGCUGGAGGUGGUUAAAGGCUUUGGGAAAUCAGCGCUCUCCGGACCUUAAACAUAUUGAAGCAGGCUGCUCUAAGCUUGGCAUCAACAAUUGGCGCCCACCGUGGGGCCCGGUGAGAAGAAUAUUACCAACGUUUUAACAAACCACCACCAAGCCGUGAUGAAUACCCAAGGCUCUCCCAGUAUUCCUACCAUCGAAGCAGUGCGUCGCUCUUUAAGAGUAAUCGAGACUGGGGGCAACCCAACCCCCCGUUCACCACUCAGCGAUGCACCGAGUCCAAAUACAGAGCCUCGAGUGGUGCCACUUGCACACAAUACCUCCAUUCCAGCAUCAGAGGCAAUUCCCACCCCUACUCCGACACAAGUACGUGAGAUGCAGGUUGAGAUUGAGCGACUCAGAGCUCAACUCAAGGCCAAAGAAGCCUCCCAGAUUAAUGCCCCUGGAUCUUCCAGAGGACCCGUAACAAAUAAUCAGGAGAGAGUUGCAGCCCAUGGCUCGGUUAACGAACCAUCCAAUGGGAUGUCAGCACCUGUUGGACUAAUCGCUCCGAGUCUCUCAGCCAAUCUGCUCGAACCUUCCCCAGGACACGGAGUUGUCACUUCAACCGGAGUAGGAGGACCUCUAUCCAGAAUCGUGCAGGAUGAGCCCUACCCAUCAAAUCUUCAUUUACCAAGCUUACCAGAGUAUUAUGGCACCACAGAUCCAGAAGACCACCUUUGCUCUUUUCAAAUCCUAAUGCCAUUAAUCGGAGCAUCUGAUGCAACAAUGUGCAAAAUCUUCCCAGCAACACUCCGUGGAGAUGCCCGACGAUGGUACUCAAAGUUACAAGAUGGUAUUAUAUCCAGUUUCUUCGAAUUUGCCACUCUUUUCAGAUGCAAAUUCUACGCACAAAAAAAACAACCUAUCAGCAUCCAUCAACUCCUCAGCAUCAGGCAGCGUGAUGAUGAGACACUCAAGGCUUACUAUACUCGAUAUAGUAACAUCGCCAUCGGACUAACGUCCAUUUCCACUGAGAUCGCCACCAAUGCCCUGAUGCGAGGGACUAUCAAUACUGAUUUAUAUGCUUCUCUUGCAAAACGGGCUCCCCACAGCACUAUGGAGCUUCAAGAGCGAGUUUCAAAAUAUAUUGAUCUAGAAGAACCACUUCAGGAGGUUAGUCGAGCAGGAUCCAAAAGAAAACAAGAGACUUCAUCCCAAGAUUCCCGCCGACAACGUCAAGCUCCUGCACUCGAGGGCCGAAACUCUUCCCAAAAUUCCAAAAGGGAAGAUACCCAGAUACAACAAAGCUAUACUCCUCUCAAUCGCUCUAGACAAGCCAUUCUUCAGAUCAUUCGAGAGAAGGAAAUUCCCAUUACUCAACCUCCUCCAGUUAUGAGGGUUUCAGGAAAGGGCCAACAAUUCUACUGUGAAUUUCACCGAUGUACGGGACAUGAUACAGAAAGCUGUUACACCCUCAAGCACUCUAUUGAAGGACUUAUCCAACGAGGCUAUCUUCGAGACUUUGUAAAGAAUAUUCGUCCCCCUAUUCUCCCUUCACCUCCAAUAAUAGACAAAGGAAAAGCACCACAGGAAAGUGGAUCGGUGUUGGGAAAUGUUCCUGUCAUUCAUGGUGGGGUCAAAUUAUCCGAACAAGUUGGUUCUCGCUCAACCGGUGCCCCAAGGUUGGUCGGUUCCGCCUCUACCACACAAAUUCCCAUAUCUUUCGACGAUAGGGAUCUUGAAGAUAUCGAGUAUCCUCAUGAUGAUGCCUUAGACAUUAAGGCAGUAAUCGCAAACUAUUCUGUGCAACGAGUCCUCAUCGAUGUGGAGGAAGCUCUGCAGAUCUUUUAUUCUACCCAGCUUUCAAGUCCAUGGGUCUUCAACUAAACAAAUGUCACCCUCCUAGCAUUUACCUCGUGGGCUUCUCCGGAAAUCAAGUCCCAGUUCUGGG